AUGCCCCCAGGGACUCUCUUCCUCAAGCUCUGCGCCUUCCUCUGGUCGCACCUCUCGCCCUACAUCACCCCAUCCUCACGCUCUUGCUGCUCCGCUCUCCCCUGGCUGCUCCCUCCGCGCGCCGAUUCCCCCUCGCGCUGUUUCCCCCCAUCCCCCCAGGGACUCUCUUCCUCAAGCUCUGCGCCUUCCUCUGGGCGCACCUCUCGCCCUACCUCACGCCAGCCGUCGCGCCCUUCCUCCCGGCGGGGCAGCAGCAGUGGGCGGCGCGGUGGUGCAAGCCGUUCUCAUGGAUCCCUGCUCACAGCACGCCCUUAUGGCCGUCACCCUCCUCCCUUUCCUCAUCCUUGCAGCCCUCACCUCCCUUCCCGCACCACUCCCCUUACUCCCACCCACCUUCCCCUUCCCCCCUGCUUCCCUCCCUUCCACCCCCCUCCACUUCCCCUCCUCCCCAUGCCCCCAGGGACUCUUUUUCUCAAGGUCUGCGCCUUCGUCUGGGCGCACCUCUCGCCUUACAUCAUGCCAGCCGUCGCGCCCUUCCUCCCGGCGUGGCAGCAGCAGUGGGCGACAGUGCAAGCCGUGCUCAUGGACCCCUGCUCGCAGCAUGCCCUGAUGGCCGACACGCACCUCAUCUUCCUCCUCCUAGUCGCCCUCGCCUCCCUCGUCCGCGCCCUACAACCUGCCCCCCGCCUCGGCCCCGGCGUCACACCCGAGCAGCUGCAGCAGCAGCACUGGCUGCACCACCGGCGCCACGUACGCGUUUUAGAGGGGUCUCUGUACACGGUUACAGUGGUGCUGACGAUGCUGGUGGGGCUGGCGAAUCUGGUGGUUUCCCUGUGGUAUGUCUGGCCGGGGUGGCGGCCGGAAUGGUCUGACUGUCCCAUAUUCGAAGACCUGCUGCCGAUCGUGCAGUGUGUGGCGUGGUUCGGCAUGUCCUGGUCGGUCAUGGAGGAGAAAAGACAAGGUGCCACGUGGCACUUCUUCACUCUCCGCCUCUGGUGGACCUCGGUAUUCGUCCUGAAUUCCUGGAGCGUGAUCUACUCACUCGUGCAGAUGCACAAGGGAGUGCCGCUCUCAGUAGACGCAGCCCUUGGGAUCAUCGCCUGGCCCAUUUCCGCCUUUCUUUUCGCAGUUGCUUGCCAAAAACCGCCGCCCGUUCACCGCCCGAACGAACCCCUGACUGAAUCUCUUCUUUCUGGGCUGCCCGGAGUGGCAGACCAGCCGACUGACCCGGGGGUCACCCCCUGGGAGCGGGCAGGCUGGUGGAACGUUCUCACCUUCCAGUGGAUCAACCCGCUGCUCGCCAAGGGGCACCAGAAACCUUUAGACCUGCCCGACAUUCCGUUCCUAGCAGACUGGGACACGGCGGAUGCUGCCCGAGAAGCUUUCUACCGCACGUGGGAUCGAAUCCGGCUCUACACUCCGCUCCAACAACCGUCCAUCACGUGGACUCUAUGGCUCACCUACUGGCGAAAGUUCCUGGCAAUUGCGUUCUGGGCAGGGCUGGAGACGCUGCUACUGUACAUAGGCCCUUCGCUGCUGGCGGAAUUCGUGAGGGUGGUUGGGGGAGACGUGCCUGUGCUGACUUUUGACAGAGGGGGCGCUGCUGGUGUUUGUGCUGCUGGGGUUGCUGGUGAUGCUGGUGAUGCUGGUGCUGGUGGUGGCAGCUGCAGCAGUAGCUCGGGCAGCUGGCAUGUUGAUCUGGCUGGGCCGUUAGCAGCUCUGGGAACGAGCCUGACAGGGGCUUUUGGCUUGACGGGAUUGUUUGGCUCUGCUGCUUCUGCCACUGCUUCUGCUGCUACCGCCAACCUCACUGCCACUGCCCAAACCAUCGCCUCCGCCACCUCUGCUACGGCGGUUGCUGCUGCCUCUUCUGCUGCAGCCUUCGUCACCCAAACAGCAGCAACCGCAGCAGCAGCAGCGACAGUCCCAGCAGCCGCAGCAGCAGCAGCAGCGGCAGCAUCAGCAGCAGCAGCAGCAUCAAUAGCAGCAGCAGCACCAGCCCCAAGCCCAGGCGCGCCCCCAGACGACCCAUGGGCGCAGUGGGAGGGGUACUGGCUGUGCGGGGUGCUGCUGGGGUGCAAGCUGAUAGAGACAGUCGCUCAGCACCAGUUCUACUUUCGCUCGGACAUACUCGGGAUGAACGUGCGGGCGGCGCUCACAGGGCACGUGUUUGACAAGGCGCUCAGGCUGAGCAACGCUGCGCGCCACACGCACCCCAUGGGCGAGAUUGUUAACUACAUGGCGCUGGAUGUGCAGAGAGUAGCUGACAUGAUGUUUCAGCUGAACAACCUCUGGACGCUGCCUCUGCAAAUCCUCCUCGCGCUGCUGCUGCUGCACGCCACUGUGGGCCCCGCCGGCACGCUGGCAGGCGUGGCGACCAUGGUGCUCAUGAUGUGGGCACAGCUGCUGGUGGCGGGGCAGGCGAGGGAGUGCCAGAAGGAACGCACGGCCUGGCAGGACUUGAGACUCAAGGCCACCACAGAGGCACUCAACAACAUGAAGGUGAUAAAGCUGCAUGCGUGGGAGGGACGGUUCCUGGAGCAGAUAGAGGACUAUCGGGCAGAGGAGGCGGCAUGGCUAGCGCGCUACAACUACCUCAUGGCGGCCAACAUUGUCUUCCUCUGGAUGUCUCCUCUCCUCGUCGCCUCCGCCACCUUCGCUGCCUGCGUGGCCUUUGAAGAACCCCUCUCUGCUGCCUCAAUCUUCACUGCCAUCGCCACCUUCCGGAUCCUCCAGGAGCCCCUCCGCUCGUUCCCAGAUGUCCUCUCCUCCAUCUCUCAAGCACUCGUGUCUCUUGACCGCCUCGCCAGGUACCAGUCAGCGCAGGAGAUCGAGGUCACAGCAGUCUCAUGGCUCUCCCCAGAGGACACAGAGGACGCUGUUUUCGUCGAUGGGGGCGCCUUCACCUGGGACCUGCCCCCGCCGCACCUGCAGCACAUGCACCGCCCCACACUGCGGGGCAUUGGCAUGCAGAUAGGCCGCGGAGCAAGAGUGGCCAUCUGUGGGCCUGUUGGGUCGGGCAAGUCCAGCCUUCUGAGCUGCAUCCUGGGAGAGAUGCACAAGCUGUCGGGCAUUGUGCAAGUGGCGGGCACCAUAGCACACGUGCCACAGACCCCUUGGAUUCAGAAUGGCACCAUCCGGGACAACGUCACCUUUGGCCUGCAGAUGAACCGCGCCCUCUAUGAGCGCGUGCUGCGCGUCUGCGCCCUCGCUGCUGACCUGGCAGUGCUGCCACGUGGCGACGAGACGGAGAUCGGGGAGCGGGGGAUCAACCUAUCGGGCGGGCAGAAGCAGCGCAUACAGGUGGCGAGGGCCGUGUACCACGACGCUGACAUCUAUCUGCUCGACGACCCCUUCUCCAGUGUUGACACUGCAACCGGCUCCUUGAUAUUUGAUGAGUGUGUGCUGGGUCUGCUGGGGGCAAAGACGGUUCUCUUCGUGACUAAUCAGCUUGAGUUCCUGCCCGCUGCUGACCUCAUCCUGGUGAUGCGGGACGGGGAGAUAGUCCAGGCGGGGCAGUAUGAGGAGCUGCAGCGCGCAGGCACAGACUUCUCCCUCCUGCUGGACGCCCACAACGACGCCAUGGGCUCCAUGGACCUCCCCCCUCCCAACCCCUUCCAACCCUCCCACACCUCCCACCACCACCUGCAACCGCAACGCGCCCCUUCCCUCGGGAACAUCCUGGCUGCCAACGGUGACGUGUUCUCGCGGUUUGACAUGGACGAUCAAGAGCUGGCAACACUGCUGCUGGGUCCCCAGGCCGGGCCUGAUGGGCUCGGGCUAGCCUCGGGCGGAGGCUCGGGAGGGAUGGGAGGCCCGGGGAUGGGUAGGUGCAAGGGAGUGCUUGCAGGGAGAAGAGGGGAGUUAGGAGUUGGCUCAAGUGGUGCCACAGGGGUGAAUGGGGAGCAGAGGGCAGGUUGUUCGUUUGGGUGGGUGAAUGCGGAGGUGUAUCGUGCGUACCUUACGAGGGCGUAUGGCAGAUCCAUGGUGCCCAUCAUUGUGGCUUCCCAGGUGCUUCAGAUAGGCGCCAACUGGUGGCUAGCCCGAGAGGUCCAACCCCUGCAUCCAGCAGUGCUCACCUGGCCGGACGUCCGUGCCUACGCCUCCCUCGCCAUCGGCAGCGGCCUCUUCGUCGUCCUUCGUGCCUUCCUGUCGGUCCAUGUGGGGCUGAGAACGGCUGAUGGGUUCUUUCAGGACAUGCUGCACGCUGUGUUCCGCGCUCCCAUGGCCUUCUUUGACUCCACCCCCACUGGGAGGACCCUCGCCAGGGCAUCAGCGGAUCAGAACGCCCUUGACUUGCAGCUCUUUUUCAACUUUGGCUCCGUGCUCAACAACCUCGUGCAGCUUCUGGGAAUCUUCCUCGUCACCUCUGCCGUCACCUGGCCGGUCAUCGUCGUCCUCAUCCCCCUCGCGCUGCUCUACGUGCCGCUGCAGCGCUACUACCUCUCCUCAUCACGAGAGCUCACCCGAAUUGACGGGCUGACCAAGUCGCCCAUCCUCGCGCAUUUUUCCGAGACGCUCGCCGGGGCGGCGGUGAUCCGUGCGUUCGCGCAGGAGGAGCGGUUUGAGAUAGAAAAUGCGGAUGCGGUGGACAACAACAUGCGCGCCUACUUCCACUACUAUGGCGCCAUCUACUGGCUGGGGCUCCGAUUGGAGACGAUUUCAGCUGUUGUCCUUGCCUUCGUUGCGUUCCUGCUGGUGCUCGUGCCUCAAGGCACCAUCGAACCAGGCCUAGCAGGCGUCUCUCUGGCCUACGGUCUAACCCUCAACAUGGCGCUAGUCAUGACAAUGUGGCAUCUCUCCAACCUUGAGAACAAGCUGGUGGCAGUGGACCGCAUCCGCCAUUUCUCCGCCAUCCCCUCUGAGGCGCCCUUGAUCGUCGAAGGCAACCGGCCCUCUGCUGACUGGCCCAACCGCGGCUCCAUCAGCUUUGAGAACCUGCAGAUGCGUUACAGAGAAGCAAUGCCGCUCGUCCUAAAGGGUGUGACAGUGACAUUCAGAGGCGGGGAGAAGGUGGGAGUGGUCGGCCGCACGGGCAGCGGCAAAUCCACCCUCGUCGUCGCCCUCUUCCGAUUGGUCGAGCCGGUGGGCGGGAGAGUCAUGAUCGACGGCGUGGACAUCUCGACCAUCGGAUUGCAAGAUCUACGGUCCAGAUUGGCCAUCAUCCCACAGGACCCGACCCUGUUCGAAGGCACGGUUCGGUCGAACCUGGACCCUCUGGGUCGAUACCAUUCCAGUUUGCUCUGGGAGGUGCUGGAGAAGUGCCAGCUGGCAGAGGCGGUAAUGGACAAAGAGGACAAGCUGGACGCCAUUGUGGUGGAGGGUGGAGAGAACUGGAGUGUGGGGCAGAGGCAGCUCUUCUGCCUCGCCAGAGCUCUGCUCAAGCGCUCUCGAAUCCUGGUGCUGGAUGAAGCAACUGCGUCCGUUGAUUCGGCCACCAACGCCAUCAUCCAACGGACCAUAAAGGAGAACUUCGCCCGGGCGACGGUGAUCACUGUAGCGCACCGCAUCCCCUCUGUAAUCGACUCCGAUAAAGUGCUCGUGCUGGAAGCAGGUGAGGGAGACAAGCUGGCUGUAUUUUAG